AUGGACGUUGUAAGGGUGAAGAUCAACAAAGACUUUUGCUUUCCUCUUCCAUCCCCCUACAAGGGAGGUGUGAAGCAGAGAAGUGCCCUAAAGCCUGACUCUCCUCUCUUUGACCUCCUGAAACAGUCCCGUGAGGAAGGACCUGGUGAACAAGCAGAGCCCCCCGCAACAUUGAACCAACCCCUGCAUCACAACCACACCGCUGCUGAUCUGUAUCUCUCUCCCGUGCGGCCGAGCCGCCACCCCCCGUCAACAGAGGCUGAGCCCCCAACACCAGGCACCAAUGCACCCCGUUCAAACUCUCUGAGCCUUUUCUACAAAAAGCUGUACAGGAUGGCCUACCUGCGACUGAAAACGCUGUUCUCGCACCUGCUGACCUCACACCCAGAACUGGAACCUAUAAUAUGGACCCUGCUUCAGCACACCCUCCAGAACGAGUACGAAUUAAUGCAAGAGAGACACUUAGACCAGUUGAUCAUGUCGGCUAUGUAUGCCAUAUGCAAGGUGAAGAACGUUGACUUGCGCUUCAAAACUAUUGUGACCGCUUAUAAAGAGCUGCCCAAUGCUAAUCAGGAGACAUUUAAGCGUGUGCUGAUCAGAGAGGGUCAGUACGACUCCAUCAUUGUCUUCUACAAUCUGGUCUUCAUGCAGAAGCUCAAGACUAACAUUCUUCAAUAUUCCUCUCCUCGGCCGCCACCUCUGUCUCCCAUUCCUCGCAUCCCCUGCAGCCCCUAUAAAAACUCUCCUCUGCGUGUGCCCGGCAGCAAUAACGUCUACGUCUCCCCAUUGAAAAGCAGCCGCAUGUCCCCUGUACCCAUGACCCCACGGAGCAGAAUUCUAAUAUCGAUCGGCGAAUCCUUUGGGUCUGCAGACAAAUUUCAAAAGAUCAAUCAGAUGGUGAGUAGCACUGAUUGGUCCCUCAAGAGGAGUCUGGAUGGAGGAGCCGCCCCCAAACCACUUAAGAGAUUGCGCUUUGACAUGGAUGGACAAGAUGAAGCUGAUGGAAGCAAAUCAAGUGGCGAGUCAACGCUGAUCCAGAAGCUGGCUGAGAUGAGUUCGACACGUACUCGUAUGCAGGAACAGAAACUGAAAGAGGAGUCUGUUAAAGAGCAUCCAGAGCCCUAAAUGAAUCGGCUCUGUACUGCCUGAGGAAAAGCACUCCACCAUGAACGGGAAAGGCUGACACCCCCGGGUGUUUUACGUUACUACAUUUUAGACUUCUUCACCUGUUUUAGUAAUUAAGCGGUGCACUGCAUUUCCUGAAAUAGCACAGGUGCUUUUCCUGUGUUAGUUCAUUUUAGAUUUGUUUUAACCAUGCGAGCGUCCAUGAAAGAGAUUUUAUUCUUUGCUUUGUAGAGUUUUGUUAAGUUGACAUUGUGAUCGAGGUAAUAACAUGAAGCAAACCUCCUUAAUUGAUCUACAAACAAAAAACUGGCGGGUUUAGUGUGUCAUGAUGAUAAUUUAUUGUUUUCUGUGUGUUUUAUUUUUUUCCUUGGUGGUGUUUUCCAUUAAUUCUAGAGCUUCCUGCUUUUCCUCAUUGCUGUUCAGGAAAUUGUGAAUGACAGGGUUUAAGAUCAAAUUUGACACCAAUGUUUCCUUUUAAUCAUGUUUUAGGUAAAGACAUCACAUCUUUUGCAGAUGUGAACCCCGCUUAUGGGCUUUCUCAAAGCAUAUCUUUGAGGACUCCCUAUUUUGUGUGAUAAAAGUAAAUGGAUUUAAUUUGGAGAUUGUAUUAUAAAAUGUGUUGCUGUUUAGGCAUUACUAGGUUUUUAGGAUGUGAUUGCUGCAUGAGUGGAUGUGCAUAUGUGCGGUCUGACCUUUUUAUGUUCUGCUUGGCCGCGGUGUUAUUUUUGCUAUUGAAUUUUAAGAAUAUUUUUGAGCUUUUGUUACUAAUAUUUGAAGAAAUUAUGUUAUACCUCAAAUGUUCUUUUUGAAAAAUUAUGUAAUGCCUCAAAAGUUUAACAACUGAGUUGUUUAAGAAAAA